AUGUUUUGCAGGAGCCUGAACGCGUGCGUGGCCCUGUGCGUGUGGAUUACUGCGCUGACGAGCCCCGGGAGCGUGCGUGCGAGGAAGCAGGACGACUCCUUCUUCACCGGCAGCGUGUACCGAGCGAGAUGCUCCUCGAGGUGCCUGAGUCUGCACAUCACCCGCAUCUCCGCCUUCUUCAAGCACUCCCAGAAUAAUGGGUCCUUGGUGUGGUGCCAGAAUCACAAGCAGUGCUCCAAGUGCCUGGAGCCCUGCAAGGAAUCCUGGGACCUGAAGGAAAACCAGUGCCAGGAUUUAUGUGAGCCUCUCUUUCCCAAGAAGCACUACGAGUGUCUCACGAGCUGCGAGUUCCUGAAGUCGGUGGAGGGCGUGAAGCAGGGCGACUGUCCCGCCCCGGAGAAGGCCAGCGGCUUCGCGGCCGCCUGCGUGGAGAGCUGCGAGGAGGAUGGAGAAUGUUCGGGGGUGAAAAAGUGCUGCUCCAACGGCUGCGGCCACACCUGCCAGCUGCCCAAGAACCUCUACAAAGGAGUUCCACUGAAGCCGAGGAAGGAGCUGGUGUUUUCCGAGCAGCCGUCAGGUCAGCUGGAUAUCCGCUGGUCGUCCAAGUUUAACAUAUCCGUGGAGCCCGUCCUCUAUGUGGUGCAGCGCCGCUGGAACUACGGCAUCCAUCCCAGCGAGGACGAUGCCACCGAGUGGGACACAGUGGCACAGACCACAGAGGAGCGCGUCCAACUGGCCGACAUCAGAGCCAGCAGAUGGUACCAGUUCAGAGUGGCUGCAGUCAAUGUCCAUGGGACCCGCGGCUUCACUGCGCCCAGCAAACACUUCCGCUCCUCCAGAGAUCCGUCCGCCCCCCCCGGCCCCACCAGCCUGCGUAUCACCAACGUGACGCUGGGCGACGAGGGCCUGGUGACGGCUCGGCUCAACUGGAGCCUGCCGGAGGAGCCCGACAUCCCCAUCCACCACUACAAGGUGUUCUGGAGCUGGACCGUGCCCAGCAAGUCCAUGGUGCCGUCCAAGAAGAAGAGGAGGAAGACCACCAAUGGGGCUCAGAGCUGGGUGGAUCUGGAGGGACUUCAACAGAACAACAGCUACACUGUGGAGCUGCAGGCUGUCACGUACUGGGGACAGGUGCGGCUGAAGAGCUCCAAGGCUUCUCUCCACUUCAGCACCGGCCAGAAUAAUGAGUCAGUAAAAUCGGUGCUCAAGUCAAAGAAGGAGGAGAUAUCCCCGCUUGGUUCAACCCUGGCCAAACGCCCCUCCGGCCCUCUGGAGGUGGGCACGCCCUUCUACCAAGAUGGCCAGCUGCAGGUCCGUGUCUACUGGAAGAACCGGGGAGAUCCCUCAGUGAGUCGUUACCACGUCCAGUGGAUGCCAGAGUACUGCAGCCACAACGAGACCCGAGGACCAGAGAAAUCCGUCACGCAGGAGAACUACAUCAACCUCCCGGGCCUGCUGUUCUCCUGCAAGUACAAAGUCACCGUUCACAUGCUGAAGUCCAAGAGACGCUCCAAGGAUGAGAGCACCACUUUCCUCACACCGUCCUGUGCCACCAUCCGCAGCAAGACUCACAAGCACAUCCCCUGCCCAGGGGAGGGAGCGCCGGGGCUUCCAAAGGUUUUGGCAAAGCCGGAGAACCUGACAGCCUCCUUCUCCAUCAAUGAGGGAAACGUCACCGGCAACUUCCUGUGGCGCGUGUCCCGAGUGGCUCCCAAUCAGCGAAUCACAGGCUUCCAGGUCACCUGGGCCGAGAUCACCACCGAGAGCCGGCAAAACAGCCUCCCCAACAGCAUCAUCUCGCAGUCCCAGAUCCUGCCUCCAGAUCAUAACCUGCUCGUGGUGUCCAACCUGCGGCCGUCCACCUACUACAGACUGGAGGUGCAAGUCAUAACAACCGGAGGAGAAGGUCCCGCCACGGUCAAGACCUUCCAGACCCCAAACAUAUUACCAGUCAUUCAACACCGACCCAGAAUCCGGCAGCAUCACUCUCAUCACCAGAAGCCAUCGGUAGAGAGACACUGAGUUUCAAGUCGAGGCAAACCCCAGUCGGGAGGCGUAUCACCGGCUCUCUGCUCCAGUCUGUCGGGGAAGGAAUGUUUGGAACCAGACAGCAACACAGCGCACCAGACCAUGAACUGACCUCCCCCGGCUUGUGAUGUAUGGAUCCAUCCUCUCCUCUCUAGGCUCCACAACACAUCAGCUCUCCCUCUAUCACACCCCUCUCUCUUGACUGACACAAGGCACAUGGUGACGGGUUGGUCUGCACGGCGAAAUCAUGAAAGGAGAUAUGAAAUUCCAGGUCAAAAUAUCGAGAUCCAGGAAUCCCAAAACAAAAUGUUGUGUUCCAGCAUAAAGAUAUUAAACAUUUUAAUUGGAUUUGAUGACAGGCAAAUAGAAACACAAUUACUUAGGCAACCUGCUUGAAGGUGCUUGAACGUGGAUGGUAGGAAAAGCCCCAAACGUAAACCCAAUUGUUCAUUCAUGAAGAAAGAAAAGUAGAGAGUCAUCUAUUUAUUUUGUGUUACCCUUUAAAGAGGCGCUUAGGCACACAGUCAGUACUGAUGGAAAAUGUAAUUAAAGUCAUUGUUGUCUAACCCCAGAAUAUUUCAUGUAGUAUGUUGCAUGUAGUACAUUUGAUUUUCUUAUUUGAACUGUAAAUGAAUUACUUGCUUCAAAUUGAAAGCUCGUAAUGGUUUUGCAUGACGACCAUUAGCGUUCUGUUGGCAUGGAAUAAUGUCUAUAGUGUGACCUCUUUUCAAUAUGUUAGCAAUAUUUCAUUAA